AUGGCCAUUCUGACCUCCUGUGACUUUAACCAGGAAAGUGCACCCUAUUGUCAGCUCCAGCAGGACGGCAACGACAACAGUGAUUGGACAAGACACCGAGGCCCCACCCCUACACCAGGAACAGGCCCCCCCGGGGAUUACCCUGACGGCAAUGGUUUCUACAUCUACCAUGAGUGUGACAAUGUGGCCAACGGGCAGAAAGCUCGUCUUCUCAGCCCGGCCCUCUCUUCCACCUCCACCCAGAUUUGUGUCCAGUUCCACUACUACAUGUACGGCUCAGACAACCAGAACCACCUGCACGUGCUGGCCAAGAGGCCAACCUCGGAGGACAAAGUCUGGGAGAAGACUGGGAUCCAGAGCCCCUCUUGGCUUGGAGCUGCUGUCACUGUGGCCAAACCAGCAGGACAGACCCUAAAUAUUGUGUUUGAGGCGCAGCGUGGAUUGUCUGCUUCUUGUGACUCAGCCCUGGAUAACAUUGUCAUUAGUGAGGGAGCUUGUCCAGCCUGUCUGACUGGUUGUGACUUCGACACCACUGAUGAUCUGUGCAGCUGGGAGGCACGUAAACCAUCAAAUCCUGACUUGUUUGGUUGGGAGCAGUGGCUUGGUCAAACUGACACAGACGGAUCUGGUCCUGACGAUGACUUCUCCAAACCAGGCUUGGGCCAAUAUCUGCUGAUGGACUCGUUGUCUCGUGUCGCUGGAGAGAAAGUAGAGCUGUGGAGCCCAUCCACCACCUCCUCCUCUGGCUGUCUGGACCUCACCUUCCAUUACUACAUGUACGGCACUGCCACCACCAUGAAGCUCAAUGUCCACGCAGUGACCAGCGGAGGAAGCCUUGGUUCCCCCAUUUUCUCCUUGACAGGGAACCAGGGCCAGGGUUGGAAGCCUGCAGAGAUACGUUACCUUGGCUCAGAUAACAUGCAGUUUGUGAUCGUUGGCUUCUACGGUGAGACCCCUGAGACAGACAUCGCUAUAGACGCUGUGUGCAUCACAGCCUGCACAGCUCCUCCACCAACUACACCAAAACCUCCAACACCGGGACCAACAACAUCAGCACCAUCAACAACUACUCCCAAACCCUCAACCCCCAAGCCUUCUACACCAAAACCACCAACCACAAAACCACCAGUGACGUGCCCUCCUAAUGCUGAGUACAUAGAGUGUGGCCCAGCCUGCAUCCCCAGCUGUAAGGAACCCUCCACCAACUGCACUGGCUCCUGUAUCAGUGCGUGUUUCUGUAAGCCAGGCUUUGUGUUCAAAGGCAGACGCUGUGUCCCCAUAGAAACAUGUGGCUGUCUGGAGGGAGGUGACUACUAUGAGCCAGGAGAGAUCAUCUUUGGUGACGGCUGCUCCAAGCUGUGUCGUUGUGCUGGAAACUACAUCCUGGACUGUGUGGACAACUCCUGCUCUCCCACGGAGGAGUGUCGCAACGGAGCCUGCUAUCCUAAAGACACCUCUACCUGUAUCGCAUCUGGUGACCCUCACUACACCACCUUCGACAAGAAGAAGUACAACUUCAUGGGGAACUGCAGCUACCUGAUGUCAGAGCCCUGUAACCACACGUCAGUGCCUCACUACGAGGUGCAUGCUGACAACGAGAACCGCUUCAACAAACCAACCAUCUCCUACCUGAAGGCUGUGCAUGUGUACGUGCGUGGGGUGAAGAUCUCCAUCUUGAAGGGAGGCACCGUGCAGUUGAAUGGUAUCAAUGUGAACAUCCCACUGACCCCAGCUACAGGCGUGUCUGUUCUGAAGUCUGGUAAACACUACACUGUAGCCAUGGACUUUGGUGUGACCGUACGAUAUGACGGAAACCACUACAUGGACAUCAAGGUCAUCAAGGACUAUAAGGACAAGCUGUGUGGACUGUGUGGAGACUACAACGGAAACUCCAACGAUGACUUCAGGAAACCCGACGGUUCUCUGACCACCAACCCCAAUGACUUUGGACACAGCUGGGUCACAGAUCCCAAUUGUAACAAGAAGCCCAACACCACCAUCCCAGGCUGUACUGAUGAUGAACUGGACAGGUAUGAGAGCUCUGGCUACUGCGGCAUGCUACUGGACAAGAACGGACCGUUCGCUGUCUGUCACCCCAAGGUCAACCCCAAUAGUUUCUUCAAGGACUGUCUGUUUGACCUGUGCGAGCUGGAUGGUGCUCAACCCAUCCUGUGUGAGUCCAUCGAGUCGUAUGUCAAUGACUGUCAGGACCGAGGAGUCACCAUCGGAACCUGGAGGAACAGCACCUUCUGCCCUCUGACAUGCCCCCCCAACAGUCAGUACGUGCCCUGUGCCGCCCCUUGCCAGCGCACCUGUGCCUCCAGACCCUCCACAGGGUGUGAUGCUCCCUGUUCAGAGGGCUGUGUGUGUGACCCUGGUUACGUCCUCAGCGCCGGGAAGUGUGUCAAAGAGAACUCCUGUGGCUGCAAAGACACCAACGGACAGUACUACGAGCCUGGUGAGGAGUGGUACGUGGAGGACUGUAAGCUGAAAUGUUAUUGUAACGCUCCCUUCGUCACCUGCAAUCCUUCUGAUUGUCCUCCAAUGCACGAGUGUAAGGUCCAGGGAGGAGAGCUGGACUGCUACCCUACAACCCCAACUACAGUCAAACCAACUACUCCCAUACCAACUACACCUAAACCAACUACUCCCAAACCUACUACCACAAAACCACCAGUGACGUGCCCUCCCAAUGCUGAGUACAUAGAGUGUGGCCCAGCCUGCAUCCCCAGCUGUAAGGAACCCUCCACCAACUGCACUGGCUCCUGUAUCAGUGCGUGUUUCUGUAAGCCAGGCUUUGUGUUCAAAGGCAGACGCUGUGUCCCCAUAGAAACAUGUGGCUGUCUGGAGGGAGGUGACUACUAUGAGCCAGGAGAGAUCAUCUUUGGUGACGGCUGCUCCAAGCUGUGUCGUUGUGCUGGAAACUACAUCCUGGACUGUGUGGACAACUCCUGCUCUCCCACGGAGGAGUGUCGCAACGGAGCCUGCUAUCCUAAAGACACCUCUACCUGUAUCGCAUCUGGUGACCCUCACUACACCACCUUCGACAAGAAGAAGUACAACUUCAUGGGGAACUGCAGCUACCUGAUGUCAGAGCCCUGUAACCACACGUCAGUGCCUCACUACGAGGUGCAUGCUGACAACGAGAACCGCUUCAACAAACCAACCAUCUCCUACCUGAAGGCUGUGCAUGUGUACGUGCGUGGGGUGAAGAUCUCCAUCUUGAAGGGAGGCACCGUGCAGUUGAAUGGUAUCAAUGUGAACAUCCCACUGACCCCAGCUACAGGCGUGUCUGUUUUGAAGUCUGGUAAACACUACACUGUAGCCAUGGACUUUGGUGUGACCGUACGAUAUGACGGAAACCACUACAUGGACAUCAAGGUCAUCAAGGACUAUAAGGACAAGCUGUGUGGACUGUGUGGAGACUACAACGGAAACUCCAACGAUGACUUCAGGAAACCCGACGGGUCUCUGACCACCAACCCCAAUGACUUUGGACACAGCUGGGUCACAGAUCCCAAUUGUAACAAGAAGCCCAACACCACCAUCCCAGGCUGUACUGAUGAUGAACUGGACAGGUAUGAGAGCUCUGGCUACUGCGGCAUGCUACUGGACAAGAACGGACCGUUCGCUGUCUGUCACCCCAAGGUCAACCCCAAUAGUUUCUUCAAGGACUGUCUGUUUGACCUGUGCGAGCUGGAUGGUGCUCAACCCAUCCUGUGUGAGUCCAUCGAGUCGUAUGUCAACGACUGUCAGGACCGAGGAGUCACCAUCGGAACCUGGAGGAACAGCACCUUCUGCCGUGAGUACAGAUCAAUGUUGGGGUCAAUUCCAUUUCAAUUCCAGUCAUUUCAGAAAGUUAACCAAAUUCUCAUUCCAACUCUGACAUGCCCCCCCAACAGUCAGUACGUGCCCUGUGCCGCCCCUUGCCAGCGCACCUGUGCCUCCAGACCCUCCACAGGGUGUGAUGCUCCCUGUUCAGAGGGCUGUGUGUGUGACCCUGGUUACGUCCUCAGUGCCGGGAAGUGUGUCAAAGAGAACUCCUGUGGCUGCAAAGACACCAACGGACAGUACUACGAGCCUGGUGAGGAGUGGUACGUGGAGGACUGUAAGCUGAAAUGUUAUUGUAACGCUCCCUUCGUCACCUGCAAUCCUUCUGAUUGCCCUCCAAUGCACGAGUGUAAGGUCCAGGGAGGAGAGCUGGACUGCUACCCUACAACCCCAACUACAGUCAAACCAACUACUCCCAUACCAACUACACCUAAACCAACUACUCCCAAACCUACUACCACAAAACCACCCGUGACGUGCCCUCCCAAUGCUGAGUACAUAGAGUGUGGCCCAGCCUGCAUCCCCAGCUGUAAGGAACCCUCCACCAACUGCACUGGCUCCUGUAUCAGUGCGUGUUUCUGUAAGCCAGGCUUUGUGUUCAAAGGCAGACGCUGUGUCCCCAUAGAAACAUGUGGCUGUCUGGAGGGAGGUGACUACUAUGAGCCAGGAGAGAUCAUCUUUGGUGACGGCUGCUCCAAGCUGUGUCGUUGUGCUGGAAACUACAUCCUGGACUGUGUGGACAACUCCUGCUCUCCCACGGAGGAGUGUCGCAACGGAGCCUGCUAUCCUAAAGACACCUCUACCUGUAUCGCAUCUGGUGACCCUCACUACACCACCUUCGACAAGAAGAAGUACAACUUCAUGGGGAACUGCAGCUACCUGAUGUCAGAGCCCUGUAACCACACGUCAGUGCCUCACUACGAGGUGCAUGCUGACAACGAGAACCGCUUCAACAAACCAACCAUCUCCUACCUGAAGGCUGUGCAUGUGUACGUGCGUGGGGUGAAGAUCUCCAUCUUGAAGGGAGGCACCGUGCAGUUGAAUGGUAUCAAUGUGAACAUCCCACUGACCCCAGCUACAGGCGUGUCUGUUUUGAAGUCUGGUAAACACUACACUGUAGCCAUGGACUUUGGUGUGACCGUACGAUAUGACGGAAACCACUACAUGGACAUCAAGGUCAUCAAGGACUAUAAGGACAAGCUGUGUGGACUGUGUGGAGACUACAACGGAAACUCCAACGAUGACUUCAGGAAACCCGACGGUUCUCUGACCACCAACCCCAAUGACUUUGGACACAGCUGGGUCACAGAUCCCAAUUGUAACAAGAAGCCCAACACCACCAUCCCAGGCUGUACUGAUGAUGAACUGGACAGGUAUGAGAGCUCUGGCUACUGCGGCAUGCUACUGGACAAGAACGGACCGUUCGCUGUCUGUCACCCCAAGGUCAACCCCAAUAGUUUCUUCAAGGACUGUCUGUUUGACCUGUGCGAGCUGGAUGGUGCUCAACCCAUCCUGUGUGAGUCCAUCGAGUCGUAUGUCAACGACUGUCAGGACCGAGGAGUCACCAUCGGAACCUGGAGGAACAGCACCUUCUGCCGUGAGUACAGAUCAAUGUUGGGGUCAAUUCCAUUUCAAUUCCAGUCAUUUCAGAAAGUUAACCAAAUUCUCAUUCCAACUCUGACAUGCCCCCCCAACAGUCAGUACGUGCCCUGUGCCGCCCCUUGCCAGCGCACCUGUGCCUCCAGACCCUCCACAGGGUGUGAUGCUCCCUGUUCAGAGGGCUGUGUGUGUGACCCUGGUUACGUCCUCAGUGCCGGGAAGUGUGUCAAAGAGAACUCCUGUGGCUGCAAAGACACCAACGGACAGUACUACGAGCCUGGUGAGGAGUGGUACGUGGAGGACUGUAAGCUGAAAUGUUAUUGUAACGCUCCCUUCGUCACCUGCAAUCCUUCUGAUUGCCCUCCAAUGCACGAGUGUAAGGUCCAGGGAGGAGAGCUGGACUGCUACCCUACAACCCCAACUACAGUCAAACCAACUACUCCCAUACCAACUACACCUAAACCAACUACUCCCAAACCUACUACCACAAAACCACCAGUGACGUGCCCUCCCAAUGCUGAGUACAUAGAGUGUGGCCCAGCCUGCAUCCCCAGCUGUAAGGAACCCUCCACCAACUGCACUGGCUCCUGUAUCAGUGCGUGUUUCUGUAAGCCAGGCUUUGUGUUCAAAGGCAGACGCUGUGUCCCCAUAGAAACAUGUGGCUGUCUGGAGGGAGGUGACUACUAUGAGCCAGGAGAGAUCAUCUUUGGUGACGGCUGCUCCAAGCUGUGUCGUUGUGCUGGAAACUACAUCCUGGACUGUGUGGACAACUCCUGCUCUCCCACGGAGGAGUGUCGCAACGGAGCCUGCUAUCCUAAAGACACCUCUACCUGUAUCGCAUCUGGUGACCCUCACUACACCACCUUCGACAAGAAGAAGUACAACUUCAUGGGGAACUGCAGCUACCUGAUGUCAGAGCCCUGUAACCACACGUCAGUGCCUCACUACGAGGUGCAUGCUGACAACGAGAACCGCUUCAACAAACCAACCAUCUCCUACCUGAAGGCUGUGCAUGUGUACGUGCGUGGGGUGAAGAUCUCCAUCUUGAAGGGAGGCACCGUGCAGUUGAAUGGUAUCAAUGUGAACAUCCCACUGACCCCAGCUACAGGCGUGUCUGUUUUGAAGUCUGGUAAACACUACACUGUAGCCAUGGACUUUGGUGUGACCGUACGAUAUGACGGAAACCACUACAUGGACAUCAAGGUCAUCAAGGACUAUAAGGACAAGCUGUGUGGACUGUGUGGAGACUACAACGGAAACUCCAAUGAUGACUUCAGGAAACCCGACGGGUCUCUGACCACCAACCCCAAUGACUUUGGACACAGCUGGGUCACAGAUCCCAAUUGUAACAAGAAGCCCAACACCACCAUCCCAGGCUGUACUGAUGAUGAACUGGACAGGUAUGAGAGCUCUGGCUACUGCGGCAUGCUACUGGACAAGAACGGACCGUUCGCUGUCUGUCACCCAAAGGUCAACCCCAAUAGUUUCUUCAAGGACUGUCUGUUUGACCUGUGCGAGCUGGAUGGUGCUCAACCCAUCCUGUGUGAGUCCAUCGAGUCGUAUGUCAACGACUGUCAGGACCGAGGAGUCACCAUCGGAACCUGGAGGAACAGCACCUUCUGCCGUGAGUACAGAUCAAUGUUGGGGUCAAUUCCAUUUCAAUUCCAGUCAUUUCAGAAAGUUAACCAAAUUCUCAUUCCAACUCUGACAUGCCCCCCCAACAGUCAGUACGUGCCCUGUGCCGCCCCUUGCCAGCGCACCUGUGCCUCCAGACCCUCCACAGGGUGUGAUGCUCCCUGUUCAGAGGGCUGUGUGUGUGACCCUGGUUACGUCCUCAGUGCCGGGAAGUGUGUCAAAGAGAACUCCUGUGGCUGCAAAGACACCAACGGACAGUACUACGAGCCUGGUGAGGAGUGGUACGUGGAGGACUGUAAGCUGAAAUGUUAUUGUAACGCUCCCUUCGUCACCUGCAAUCCUUCUGAUUGUCCUCCAAUGCACGAGUGUAAGGUCCAGGGAGGAGAGCUGGACUGCUACCCUACAACCCCAACUACAGUCAAACCAACUACUCCCAUACCAACUACACCUAAACCAACUACUCCCAAACCUACUACCACAAAACCACCAGUGACGUGCCCUCCCAAUGCUGAGUACAUAGAGUGUGGCCCAGCCUGCAUCCCCAGCUGUAAGGAACCCUCCACCAACUGCACUGGCUCCUGUAUCAGUGCGUGUUUCUGUAAGCCAGGCUUUGUGUUCAAAGGCAGACGCUGUGUCCCCAUAGAAACAUGUGGCUGUCUGGAGGGAGGUGACUACUAUGAGCCAGGAGAGAUCAUCUUUGGUGACGGCUGCUCCAAGCUGUGUCGUUGUGCUGGAAACUACAUCCUGGACUGUGUGGACAACUCCUGCUCUCCCACGGAGGAGUGUCGCAACGGAGCCUGCUAUCCUAAAGACACCUCUACCUGUAUCGCAUCUGGUGACCCUCACUACACCACCUUCGACAAGAAGAAGUACAACUUCAUGGGGAACUGCAGCUACCUGAUGUCAGAGCCCUGUAACCACACGUCAGUGCCUCACUACGAGGUGCAUGCUGACAACGAGAACCGCUUCAACAAACCAACCAUCUCCUACCUGAAGGCUGUGCAUGUGUACGUGCGUGGGGUGAAGAUCUCCAUCUUGAAGGGAGGCACCGUGCAGUUGAAUGGUAUCAAUGUGAACAUCCCACUGACCCCAGCUACAGGCGUGUCUGUUCUGAAGUCUGGUAAACACUACACUGUAGCCAUGGACUUUGGUGUGACCGUACGAUAUGACGGAAACCACUACAUGGACAUCAAGGUCAUCAAGGACUAUAAGGACAAGCUGUGUGGACUGUGUGGAGACUACAACGGAAACUCCAACGAUGACUUCAGGAAACCCGACGGUUCUCUGACCACCAACCCCAAUGACUUUGGACACAGCUGGGUCACAGAUCCCAAUUGUAACAAGAAGCCCAACACCACCAUCCCAGGCUGUACUGAUGAUGAACUGGACAGGUAUGAGAGCUCUGGCUACUGCGGCAUGCUACUGGACAAGAACGGACCGUUCGCUGUCUGUCACCCCAAGGUCAACCCCAAUAGUUUCUUCAAGGACUGUCUGUUUGACCUGUGCGAGCUGGAUGGUGCUCAACCCAUCCUGUGUGAGUCCAUCGAGUCGUAUGUCAACGACUGUCAGGACCGAGGAGUCACCAUCGGAACCUGGAGGAACAGCACCUUCUGCCCUCUGACAUGCCCCCCCAACAGUCAGUACGUGCCCUGUGCCGCCCCUUGCCAGCGCACGUGUGCCUCCAGACCCUCCACAGGGUGUGAUGCUCCCUGUUCAGAGGGCUGUGUGUGUGACCCUGGUUACGUCCUCAGUGCCGGGAAGUGUGUCAAAGAGAACUCCUGUGGCUGCAAAGACACCAACGGACAGUACUACGAGCCUGGUGAGGAGUGGUACGUGGAGGACUGUAAGCUGAAAUGUUAUUGUAACGCUCCCUUCGUCACCUGCAAUCCUUCUGAUUGCCCUCCAAUGCACGAGUGUAAGGUCCAGGGAGGAGAGCUGGACUGCUACCCUACAACCCCAACUACAGUCAAACCAACUACUCCCAUACCAACUACACCUAAACCAACUACUCCCAAACCUACUACCACAAAACCACCAGUGACGUGCCCUCCCAAUGCUGAGUACAUAGAGUGUGGCCCAGCCUGCAUCCCCAGCUGUAAGGAACCCUCCACCAACUGCACUGGCUCCUGUAUCAGUGCGUGUUUCUGUAAGCCAGGCUUUGUGUUCAAAGGCAGACGCUGUGUCCCCAUAGAAACAUGUGGCUGUCUGGAGGGAGGUGACUACUAUGAGCCAGGAGAGAUCAUCUUUGGUGACGGCUGCUCCAAGCUGUGUCGUUGUGCUGGAAACUACAUCCUGGACUGUGUGGACAACUCCUGCUCUCCCACGGAGGAGUGUCGCAACGGAGCCUGCUAUCCUAAAGACACCUCUACCUGUAUCGCAUCUGGUGACCCUCACUACACCACCUUCGACAAGAAGAAGUACAACUUCAUGGGGAACUGCAGCUACCUGAUGUCAGAGCCCUGUAACCACACGUCAGUGCCUCACUACGAGGUGCAUGCUGACAACGAGAACCGCUUCAACAAACCAACCAUCUCCUACCUGAAGGCUGUGCAUGUGUACGUGCGUGGGGUGAAGAUCUCCAUCUUGAAGGGAGGCACCGUGCAGUUGAAUGGUAUCAAUGUGAACAUCCCACUGAGCCCAGCUACAGGCGUGUCUGUUUUGAAGUCUGGUAAACACUACACUGUAGCCAUGGACUUUGGUGUGACCGUACGAUAUGACGGAAACCACUACAUGGACAUCAAGGUCAUCAAGGACUAUAAGGACAAGCUGUGUGGACUGUGUGGAGACUACAACGGAAACUCCAACGAUGACUUCAGGAAACCCGACGGGUCUCUGACCACCAACCCCAAUGACUUUGGACACAGCUGGGUCACAGAUCCCAAUUGUAACAAGAAGCCCAACACCACCAUCCCAGGCUGUACUGAUGAUGAACUGGACAGGUAUGAGAGCUCUGGCUACUGCGGCAUGCUACUGGACAAGAACGGACCGUUCGCUGUCUGUCACCCAAAGGUCAACCCCAAUAGUUUCUUCAAGGACUGUCUGUUUGACCUGUGCGAGCUGGAUGGUGCUCAACCCAUCCUGUGUGAGUCCAUCGAGUCGUAUGUCAACGACUGUCAGGACCGAGGAGUCACCAUCGGAACCUGGAGGAACAGCACCUUCUGCCCUCUGACAUGCCCCCCCAACAGUCAGUACGUGCCCUGUGCCGCCCCUUGCCAGCGCACCUGUGCCUCCAGACCCUCCACAGGGUGUGAUGCUCCCUGUUCAGAGGGCUGUGUGUGUGACCCUGGUUACGUCCUCAGUGCCGGGAAGUGUGUCAAAGAGAACUCCUGUGGCUGCAAACGACACCAACGGACACCUGGUGAGGAGUGGUACGUGGAGGACUGUAAGCUGAAAUGUUAUUGUAACGCUCCCUUCGUCACCUGCAAUCCUUCUGAUUGUCCUCCAAUGCACGAGUGUAAGGUCCAGGGAGGAGAGCUGGACUGCUACCCUACAACCCCAACUACAGUCAAACCAACUACUCCCAUACCAACUACACCUAAACCAACUACUCCCAAACCUACUACCACAAAACCACCAGUGACGUGCCCUCCCAAUGCUGAGUACAUAGAGUGUGGCCCAGCCUGCAUCCCCAGCUGUAAGGAACCCUCCACCAACUGCACUGGCUCCUGUAUCAGUGCGUGUUUCUGUAAGCCAGGCUUUGUGUUCAAAGGCAGACGCUGUGUCCCCAUAGAAACAUGUGGCUGUCUGGAGGGAGGUGACUACUAUGAGCCAGGAGAGAUCAUCUUUGGUGACGGCUGCUCCAAGCUGUGUCGUUGUGCUGGAAACUACAUCCUGGACUGUGUGGACAACUCCUGCUCUCCCACGGAGGAGUGUCGCAACGGAGCCUGCUAUCCUAAAGACACCUCUACCUGUAUCGCAUCUGGUGACCCUCACUACACCACCUUCGACAAGAAGAAGUACAACUUCAUGGGGAACUGCAGCUACCUGAUGUCAGAGCCCUGUAACCACACGUCAGUGCCUCACUACGAGGUGCAUGCUGACAACGAGAACCGCUUCAACAAACCAACCAUCUCCUACCUGAAGGCUGUGCAUGUGUACGUGCGUGGGGUGAAGAUCUCCAUCUUGAAGGGAGGCACCGUGCAGUUGAAUGGUAUCAAUGUGAACAUCCCACUGACCCCAGCUACAGGCGUGUCUGUUCUGAAGUCUGGUAAACACUACACUGUAGCCAUGGACUUUGGUGUGACCGUACGAUAUGACGGAAACCACUACAUGGACAUCAAGGUCAUCAAGGACUAUAAGGACAAGCUGUGUGGACUGUGUGGAGACUACAACGGAAACUCCAACGAUGACUUCAGGAAACCCGACGGUUCUCUGACCACCAACCCCAAUGACUUUGGACACAGCUGGGUCACAGAUCCCAAUUGUAACAAGAAGCCCAACACCACCAUCCCAGGCUGUACUGAUGAUGAACUGGACAGGUAUGAGAGCUCUGGCUACUGCGGCAUGCUACUGGACAAGAACGGACCGUUCGCUGUCUGUCACCCCAAGGUCAACCCCAAUAGUUUCUUCAAGGACUGUCUGUUUGACCUGUGCGAGCUGGAUGGUGCUCAACCCAUCCUGUGUGAGUCCAUCGAGUCGUAUGUCAACGACUGUCAGGACCGAGGAGUCACCAUCGGAACCUGGAGGAACAGCACCUUCUGCCGUGAGUACAGAUCAAUGUUGGGGUCAAUUCCAUUUCAAUUCCAGUCAUUUCAGAAAGUUAACCAAAUUCUCAUUCCAACUCUGACAUGCCCCCCCAACAGUCAGUAUGUGCCCUGUGCCGCCCCUUGCCAGCGCACCUGUGCCUCCAGACCCUCCACAGGGUGUGAUGCUCCCUGUUCAGAGGGCUGUGUGUGUGACCCUGGUUACGUCCUCAGUGCCGGGAAGUGUGUCAAAGAGAACUCCUGUGGCUGCAAAGACACCAACGGACAGUACUACGAGCCUGGUGAGGAGUGGUACGUGGAGGACUGUAAGCUGAAAUGUUAUUGUAACGCUCCCUUCGUCACCUGCAAUCCUUCUGAUUGCCCUCCAAUGCACGAGUGUAAGGUCCAGGGAGGAGAGCUGGACUGCUACCCUACAACCCCAACUACAGUCAAACCAACUACUCCCAUACCAACUACACCUAAACCAACUACUCCCAAACCUACUACCACAAAACCACCCGUGACGUGCCCUCCCAAUGCUGAGUACAUAGAGUGUGGCCCAGCCUGCAUCCCCAGCUGUAAGGAACCCUCCACCAACUGCACUGGCUCCUGUAUCAGUGCGUGUUUCUGUAAGCCAGGCUUUGUGUUCAAAGGCAGACGCUGUGUCCCCAUAGAAACAUGUGGCUGUCUGGAGGGAGGUGACUACUAUGAGCCAGGAGAGAUCAUCUUUGGUGACGGCUGCUCCAAGCUGUGUCGUUGUGCUGGAAACUACAUCCUGGACUGUGUGGACAACUCCUGCUCUCCCACGGAGGAGUGUCGCAACGGAGCCUGCUAUCCUAAAGACACCUCUACCUGUAUCGCAUCUGGUGACCCUCACUACACCACCUUCGACAAGAAGAAGUACAACUUCAUGGGGAACUGCAGCUACCUGAUGUCAGAGCCCUGUAACCACACGUCAGUGCCUCACUACGAGGUGCAUGCUGACAACGAGAACCGCUUCAACAAACCAACCAUCUCCUACCUGAAGGCUGUGCAUGUGUACGUGCGUGGGGUGAAGAUCUCCAUCUUGAAGGGAGGCACCGUGCAGUUGAAUGGUAUCAAUGUGAACAUCCCACUGAGCCCAGCUACAGGCGUGUCUGUUUUGAAGUCUGGUAAACACUACACUGUAGCCAUGGACUUUGGUGUGACCGUACGAUAUGACGGAAACCACUACAUGGACAUCAAGGUCAUCAAGGACUAUAAGGACAAGCUGUGUGGACUGUGUGGAGACUACAACGGAAACUCCAAUGAUGACUUCAGGAAACCCGACGGGUCUCUGACCACCAACCCCAAUGACUUUGGACACAGCUGGGUCACAGAUCCCAAUUGUAACAAGAAGCCCAACACCACCAUCCCAGGCUGUACUGAUGAUGAACUGGACAGGUAUGAGAGCUCUGGCUACUGCGGCAUGCUACUGGACAAGAACGGACCGUUCGCUGUCUGUCACCCAAAGGUCAACCCCAAUAGUUUCUUCAAGGACUGUCUGUUUGACCUGUGCGAGCUGGAUGGUGCUCAACCCAUCCUGUGUGAGUCCAUCGAGUCGUAUGUCAACGACUGUCAGGACCGAGGAGUCACCAUCGGAACCUGGAGGAACAGCACCUUCUGCCCUCUGACAUGCCCCCCCAACAGUCAGUACGUGCCCUGUGCCGCCCCUUGCCAGCGCACCUGUGCCUCCAGACCCUCCACAGGGUGUGAUGCUCCCUGUUCAGAGGGCUGUGUGUGUGACCCUGGUUACGUCCUCAGUGCCGGGAAGUGUGUCAAAGAGAACUCCUGUGGCUGCAAACACACCAACGGACAGUACUACGAGCCUGGUGAGGAGUGGUACGUGGAGGACUGUAAGCUGAAAUGUUAUUGUAACGCUCCCUUCGUCACCUGCAAUCCUUCUGAUUGUCCUCCAAUGCACGAGUGUAAGGUCCAGGGAGGAGAGCUGGACUGCUACCCUACAACCCCAACUACAGUCAAACCAACUACUCCCAUACCAACUACACCUAAACCAACUACUCCCAAACCUACUACCACAAAACCACCAGUGACGUGCCCUCCCAAUGCUGAGUACAUAGAGUGUGGCCCAGCCUGCAUCCCCAGCUGUAAGGAACCCUCCACCAACUGCACUGGCUCCUGUAUCAGUGCGUGUUUCUGUAAGCCAGGCUUUGUGUUCAAAGGCAGACGCUGUGUCCCCAUAGAAACAUGUGGCUGUCUGGAGGGAGGUGACUACUAUGAGCCAGGAGAGAUCAUCUUUGGUGACGGCUGCUCCAAGCUGUGUCGUUGUGCUGGAAACUACAUCCUGGACUGUGUGGACAACUCCUGCUCUCCCACGGAGGAGUGUCGCAACGGAGCCUGCUAUCCUAAAGACACCUCUACCUGUAUCGCAUCUGGUGACCCUCACUACACCACCUUCGACAAGAAGAAGUACAACUUCAUGGGGAACUGCAGCUACCUGAUGUCAGAGCCCUGUAACCACACGUCAGUGCCUCACUACGAGGUGCAUGCUGACAACGAGAACCGCUUCAACAAACCAACCAUCUCCUACCUGAAGGCUGUGCAUGUGUACGUGCGUGGGGUGAAGAUCUCCAUCUUGAAGGGAGGCACCGUGCAGUUGAAUGGUAUCAAUGUGAACAUCCCACUGACCCCAGCUACAGGCGUGUCUGUUCUGAAGUCUGGUAAACACUACACUGUAGCCAUGGACUUUGGUGUGACCGUACGAUAUGACGGAAACCACUACAUGGACAUCAAGGUCAUCAAGGACUAUAAGGACAAGCUGUGUGGACUGUGUGGAGACUACAACGGAAACUCCAACGAUGACUUCAGGAAACCCGACGGUUCUCUGACCACCAACCCCAAUGACUUUGGACACAGCUGGGUCACAGAUCCCAAUUGUAACAAGAAGCCCAACACCACCAUCCCAGGCUGUACUGAUGAUGAACUGGACAGGUAUGAGAGCUCUGGCUACUGCGGCAUGCUACUGGACAAGAACGGACCGUUCGCUGUCUGUCACCCCAAGGUCAACCCCAAUAGUUUCUUCAAGGACUGUCUGUUUGACCUGUGCGAGCUGGAUGGUGCUCAACCCAUCCUGUGUGAGUCCAUCGAGUCGUAUGUCAACGACUGUCAGGACCGAGGAGUCACCAUCGGAACCUGGAGGAACAGCACCUUCUGCCGUGAGUACAGAUCAAUGUUGGGGUCAAUUCCAUUUCAAUUCCAGUCAUUUCAGAAAGUUAACCAAAUUCUCAUUCCAACUCUGACAUGCCCCCCCAACAGUCAGUACAUGCCCUGUGCCGCCCCUUGCCAGCGCACCUGUGCCUCCAGACCCUCCACAGGGUGUGAUGCUCCCUGUUCAGAGGGCUGUGUGUGUGACCCUGGUUACGUCCUCAGCGCCGGGAAGUGUGUCAAAGAGAACUCCUGUGGCUGCAAUGACACCAACGGACAGUACUACGAGCCUGGUGAGGAGUGGUACGUGGAGGACUGUAAGCUGAAAUGUUAUUGUAACGCUCCCUUCGUCACCUGCAAUCCUUCUGAUUGCCCUCCAAUGCACGAGUGUAAGGUCCAGGGAGGAGAGCUGGACUGCUACCCUACAAGUUCCCAGGACUGUGUGAUCUCUGGAGACCCACACUACAAUACAUUUGAUGAUAGGUUCUACAGCUUCAUGGGGACCUGCACCUACACCCUGGCCAGGACCUGCAAGAACAACACAGGUCCGUGGUUCUCUGUGGAGGGUAAGAACGAGGAGCGUGGUCUGGCUGGAGUGUCCUACCUGAAAAAGCUCUACGUCACUGUCGAUGGAAUCACUGUCACACUAAUGAAGAGCAGGAAGACUCUGGUGAAUGGAAAGCGAGUGUCCCUCCCUCACUCCCCCUCUCCGCUCAUCUCUCUAUCGCUGGCGGGUCAGUACGUCACGCUGCAGACUCCGUUCGGCCUCAAGGUGCGCUGGGACGGAAACCACUACGCCCAGAUCUCAGUGCCCAGCUCCUACUCUGACCAGAUGUGUGGUCUGUGCGGCGACUACGACGGUAACCCUAACAACGACUUCACCAAGCCGGAUGGAUCCCAGGUCACCAGCUCCAAGGACUUUGGAAACAGCUGGAAGACCGAGGAAGAUGAGGAUGUCACAUGCAAACCCGACACCAACCCAGAUCCACACUGUGAUCCCUCACUGGAGGCAGAAGUUUCCAAACCUGAGAACUGUGGGAAAUUAACCGACACCAAAGGACCCUUCAGGGAGUGCAUGGCGUUGGUGGACCCUAGUCCUUUCUUCCAGAGCUGCGUGUAUGACAUGUGUCGCUUCGUGGGCCAACAGCAGAUGCUGUGUGACCAGCUCCAGGUGUAUACCGACGCCUGCCUGAGCGCAGGGAUCAAGGUCCACCCCUGGAGGGAGCCAGAUUUCUGCCCCCUGGCCUGUCCUCCCAACAGUUCUUACUCCAUGUGUGUGAGCUCCUGUCCAGAGACAUGUCUGGGUGUCAGCGGCCCCCCUGGCUGCUCCGAGGUGUGUGUGGAGGGGUGUGAGUGUGACCUUGGCUUUAUCCUCAGUGACGACAAGUGUGUUCCUGUUAAAGACUGUGGCUGUGUCAACUCCUCUGGAGACUACCAUCCUGUGGGAGACGCCUGGUACCUGGAGGGCUGUAAGGAGAAGUGUGUGUGUCUGGGUGGAGGGGUGCUACAGUGUCACAACACCACCUGUACCCCGGCAGAGAGCUGCGGCCUGCAGGACGGGGAGUUAGGAUGUUACCCACUGGAAACAGGUAUCUGCACUGUACAGGGCGACCCUCACUACACCUCUUUCGAUAAAAAGGUGCAUAACUUCAUGGGUUCCUGUUCCUACACUCUCACCAAGCCGUGCAAUGAGUCCUCCGGCUUGCCGUACUUCACUGUCGACACCCAGAACGAGCACCGAGGCAGCAACAAGAAGGUGUCGUACGUCCGAGCCGUCAUGGUCAAGGUCUACGGGAUGACCGUCAUCUUGGGAAAGGGACGCAAAAUACAGGUCAACGGUACCCUGGUGACCCCUCCCGUGACUCUGACCAAUGGGGUGAAGAUCUACUUGAGCGGGAAGUUUGUUGUGUUGGAGACGACCUUUGGCCUGCGGGUGAGGUUCGAUGGUAACCACCACGCUGACGUCACUCUGCCCUCCUUCUACAACGGACUGCUCUGUGGACUUUGUGGAAACUUCAAUGACCAACCUGGUGACGACAACAUCAAGCCAGAUGGUAAACCAGCCGUCAACACCAACGAACUGGGAGAGAGCUGGCAGGUCCCCGACGACCGCCCUGACUGUACCCACGGUGGAGGAGAGGAGGAGUGUGAUCCCAAGGUGGAGGCAGAGGCUGUGAAACCUACCAGCUGUGGGAUGAUCAGUGACCCUAACGGUAUCUUCAAGCCAUGCCACGCGGUGGUUCCCCCCAACAUCUACCAGGAGAACUGUGUGUAUGACCAGUGUGCUACAGGAGGGGAGACGGUGGCUCUGUGCCAGGCUAUAGAGAGCUACGCUGACCUGUGUGCCUUGGCUGGAGUACCCAUCGCAUGGAGGAACAACACCUUCUGUCCUCUGAAGUGUCUCCCAGGUAGCCACUACGAGCCCUGUGGUAGCGCCUGUCCCUCCAGCUGUCAGAACCCUACUUUCAACUCCACCUGUAACCAGCCCUGUGUAGAGGGGUGUGUGUGUGACCUCGGACUGCUCCUCAGCGGAGACAAGUGUGUCCCACCCAGCCAGUGUGGCUGCACCGACGAGGAUAACAACUAUAGACCGGUGGGAGACAGUUGGUUCACUGAGCUGGACUGUUCGGAGCGUUGUAGGUGUAACCCUGGCAACAACAUGACCUGUGAGCCGUGGCAGUGUAGCCCCGCCCAGGAAUGUAAGGUGUUGGAGGGAGAGCUGGGAUGUGUCUCAACAGGUUUGGGUGUGUGUCAUGUGUCUGGAGAUCCUCACUACUACACCUUCGACGCUGUCAUGCACACCUUUAUGGGUACCUGUACCUACACCCUGGUAGAGGUGUGUAACUCCACCAAGGUAACUCCGUUCACCAUCGUGGCGAAGAAUGAGGAGCACGGCCAACCAGAGGCGUCUUACGUGCACUCUGUUACAGUCUACCUUCCCAACGCCAACGUCACGCUACAGAAGAGCCGCAGAGUUCUGUUGAACGGGCACAGGGUGCGCACUCCUCUGUCCAUCGAUGUGGCCGGGGCCAGGGUCUUGAGUAGUGGUGUCUACAUUCUACUGGACACUAACUUUGGACUGAAGGUGAAGUUUGAUGGAGUCCAUCACCUGGAGAUCACCGUCCCUGGAGAAUACUUCAACAAGGUGUGUGGUAUGUGUGGUAACUUCAACAUGAACACGUCUGAUGACAACCUGAAACCAGAUGGAAAGCCGGCCAAGGACGUGAUAGAACUGGGCAACAGCUGGAAGUCAGAGGGAGACUCAGACCCAGGAUGCUCGCCAGAUGAGCGUCCCAGCAUCCACCCCAACUGCACGACAGAAGAAGAGAACCAGUACGAGACCCUGUGUUCUUCUGUUGUCCUCGGAGACAAGUUCAAGCCCUGCCACUCUUUACUGUCCCCAGAGGCUUUCCUGGGGAACUGCGUGUAUGACAUGUGUGAAUACGACGGCAUGCAGGCCACACUGUGUGAUAACGUGGAAGCAUACGCCCAAGCCUGUCAGUCAGCCGGGGUCACCAUCAGCUGGAGGAACAACACAUUCUGUCCCCUGCCAUGCCCCCCCAAUAGCCACUAUUCUGACUGCUCGGCCCCCUGCCCCCCCACCUGCUCUGACCUGUUCCCCACGCUCUGCCACCUGCCCUCCACCACCUGCGUCGAGGGGUGCCAGUGUAACGCAGGGUUUGUCCUCAGUGAUGUGCAGUGUGUUCCUCUGGCCAAGUGUGGCUGUGUGGACAGAGUGGGAGAGUACCAUGAUGUGGGUGACUCGUGGUUGACUGACCACUGUGAUGGCCAGUGUACCUGUAACCUGGGAGGCUCCAUUACCUGCUCAGACGUUAAAUGUCCCGGCAAUUCUGUCUGCAUUCUGGACAAAUAUGGAGAACUCUACUGCAAACCUGAGAAGUUCGACAGGUGUAAUAUCCACGGUGACCCCCACUACCGUACGUUCGAUGGGCUCACCCACCACUUCCAGGGCCCCUACACCUACACCCUGACCCAGGGUCAUGACCUCCCCAACUCACUGGUCGAUCUGCAGGUGCGGGGGAAGAACGUCCGUCGUGGUGGCAGCAGGAAGUUCUCCUACCUGGAUGAGGUGUAUGUAGAUGUCUACGGAGUCAGCAUCCGCUUCCUGCAGAAGAAAGUAGUACUGGUGAACGGUGAACGUGUGGCUCCUCCUCUCAGUCCUAGAGGCGGCCUGACCAUCACGAGGAAUUCUAAGAACGUCCAGCUGGUCGCCGACUUCGGCAUGACCGUACGCUUCGACGGCAAGCAGCACGGAGAGGUGAUCCUACCCAGUACGUACAGGGACAGGGUGAGGGGUCUGUGCGGGAACUAUGACGGGGUCUCCAGGAAUGAGUACAUGAAACCAGAUGGAACCGUGACGCGGAACCUUGAAGAGUUCGGAAACAGCUGGAGGGUGACUGACAGGCAGGGGGCGGAGCUAGUGACAUCAGAACUCCCCAAGAUGGUGCACCUGCACAGACGUGAUGUGGAGACCGACCCAGAGACAGGCUUUGAGACAGCAGGUUGUACUGACGCUCAGCUGGCUGAUUUCAAUGGUAUUAAACAGUGUGGAGCCAUAUCAGACCCUACAGGACCCUUCGCUGCCUGCCAUGCACCACUACUGCCCAACAGCUUCCAGGAGGACUGUUUGUUUGACCUGUGUGCGGAUCAGGAAACCGCCUCCCUGCGUUGUGACAGUUAUGAGGUGUACGCCCUGGCCUGCCAAGAGGCUGGAGUCAAACUGGGCAACUGGAGACAACAGCUGGGCUGUGUCCUGAGCUGUGUAGCCAACAGUGCCUACUCUGAGUGUAUGACCCCUUGCCCUGCCUCCUGCGCUGACCUGGCCGCGCCCUCUGAGUGUGACUUCACUGCCUGUGUUGAGGGGUGCCAGUGUUCCCCAGGAUUCACCAUGAGCGGAGGCAUCUGUGUUCCCUACAGCGAGUGUGGCUGCACCUACCUGGAUAGAUACUACCCUCUUAAAGAGAAGUUUGUGACAGAGGACUGUGCCCUGUCCUGUGAGAGUACGCCCUCGGGCGCCGUGUGCCAACCCAAGGGCUGUUCCGACACACA